GUGUCAAGCGGCGGCCAAGGGUUCAGUAUCAAAACAGUUUUGCUACAGAGCACGUCGAAGCCGAAGCAGGUAAACUGCAGUGACGCAUACAGAAAACAAAAGCAACACGAAGAAAAAAUCAACAAAGAGUUUGAGAAAAACGCUCCUAAUCGCAAUACCAGUAUACGCCAGAUCUCAAAACCAGCAAUAAUAACAACAAAAACUACUAUCAAUAUGUCUGAGGCUCACUUUGAUGAAUACGAACACUACAACUUUGACCAUGGAAAACAUAUUUUCUCUGGCCACAGUGGAAAACAGCGCUCAAAGAAGGAGGCGAGCGAGCAUACCAACCACUUUGAUCCCUCCGGCCACUCUAGAAAGAUUUUAACCAAGCUCAUUAACACUAACAACAACAAAAAAGCUGUGAUGAAAAACUGAUGUCUGAGGCAACCAAAGGCCAAUACAAAAAAUACAAAUACUUGAAAAGAAGCAAAAGCGUGCGAAUAAGAAGAAAAGAUAUUGAAUUUAUGUUAAAAGAGAAAAGCUCUAAGAAAAGGCAAGCAAUUAGAAAUUGAAAAAAAAACACACACACACACAAGCACAUUUUACAAAAAGCAAAAAACCAAAAGCAGUCAAGCUGCUGCAGCGGCUGGCGCUAGGAAACAAAAAAAAAAACAGAUAAUCAUUGGAGUACUGUAUUUAAUAGAGUUAUAUAGUUUCUACUAUUUCCUAAACUUAACAAA